AUGAACUUUCUCCCUGGGAUCUGGUGGUCUCUUCCCUUGGUCUUGAUCUGGGCGACCCCACCAGUCACCUCCUCAUGGUGGUACAUGGGCGCCGUGGGCUCGUCGCGGGUGAUGUGCGACAACGUGCCGGGCCUGGUGAGCCGGCAGCGGCAGCUGUGCCGGCGGCACCCCGAGGCGAUGCUCUCCAUCGGCCGUGGCGUGGCCGCCUGGACGGCCGAGUGCCAGCACCAGUUCCGCCGGCACCGCUGGGACUGCAACGCCCUGGAGCGGGGGCAGCGCCUGCUCGGCCGCGUUCUGCUGCGCAGUAGUCGAGAGUCUGCUUUUGUACACGCCAUCUCCUCUGCUGGAGUUGUUUUUGCCAUCACCAGGGCAUGUAGCCAAGGGGAGCUGAAAUCCUGCUCCUGUGAUCCCAAGAAGAAAGGCUCUGCCAAGGACAGCAAGGGCCAUUUUGACUGGGGUGGCUGCAGUGAUAACAUUGACUAUGGCAUUAAAUUUGCCAGAGCCUUUGUGGAUGCCAAAGAACGGAAAGGAAAAGAUGCCAGGGCACUGAUGAACCUUCACAACAACAGAGCUGGAAGGAAGGCCGUGAAGCGGUUUUUGAAACAGGAGUGCAAAUGUCACGGUGUGAGUGGAUCCUGCACUCUAAGGACCUGCUGGCUGGCCAUGGCAGACUUUAGGAAAACAGGAGAUUAUCUGUGGAAGAAAUACAAUGGAGCAAUUCAGGUGGUCAUGAAUCAAGAUGGCACAGGUUUCACUGUGGCUAAUAAGAAAUUUAAGAAGCCAACUAAGAAUGACCUGGUAUACUUUGAGAGCUCUCCAGACUACUGUAUCAGGGACAGGGACGUAGGGUCCCUUGGGACAGCUGGUCGGGUGUGCAACCAAACCUCCCGUGGCAUGGACAGCUGUGAAGUGAUGUGCUGCGGGAGAGGCUACGACACCUCCCGCGUCAGCAGGAUGACAAAAUGCGAGUGCAAAUUCCACUGGUGCUGUGCUGUGCGCUGCCAGGACUGCCUGGAAGUGGUGGACAUCCACACCUGCAAGGCGCCAAAGAGCGCUGGCUGGAUUUCCCGGACAUGACGCACAGGCUACUGAUGCUGAGGACCACAGCCUUUGCCCUUCCUGGUCCAUGCAGGGAAUGCAUCAGAGAUCUUUUUUAC